AUGGACAGAGGGGCCCGGACCAGACCUGCUCCCGCGUGGAGCAAGAACUCAAACGUGGAUCCUGAAAGUCGUCAAGGGCUCCGCUAUGCCAGACGGGGACCCUGGUCCCUCACCGUGGAACCGGCUGGAGGAGUGUCGACGUCUGCCGUGCUGCAGAUGGACGUCGUGCGUGGGAUGCACUUCCUCGCAACAGCUCUGCCGGGGGGGCUGCGCAACGCCAAGCACACCUUGAAAUUAGCGCUGUUCCACGCAAACGACAAAUGGAGGCGAGAGUGUCGCGGUAUAAGUCAGUCGAUUCAGCUCGGAUCCAAGACUGCACUGAUUUCGACACGGAACUGUAAUCAGGUCGAGUAUGACUGCGGUCUUGUCGGCGACACCAUUGAAAGGCUUGGCUGCUUGGCUGUGGUUCUGGGCGCCGAUGAUGUUGCUGAUCUUGAAUAUGAUGUCCAGAAAACUGAUACCGAGAGAUAUUUGUCAAUGGGAGAUGACACUGGGAGUGCAAAGGCGUAUUUUUACCCCCUGGCCAGAGACAGCCGCUACCCUCCUCCAGUCCUUAUCAAUGUGCAUAUGGUCAGUCCUGAUUCGAUUAUUAUGCGGGCAUCAAAGCCCAGGGCGACACUUGUGUGCAAAGAACAAAAGCUGUCAUUGCGAAAGAGGAACCAUCCGUCACCACAGGAUGGAGGUGCUAUUGGCCGGAGAGCCAGGCAAACAGGGGAACUUCACUACGCACAUACAUGGAAGGACGCAGUCAUUACCAGACGCCUUAUCGGGGAUCCGAAAAUUAGCGGGUUUGGUCUACGGGGACACGCAGCACUCGGCCGUGAUGGAUGUCAUCCAAUAUUGACCACGGCCAACCAGGAACUAGAACAUUCCCUACGGUACUUUCCAUUCUCUCUCUUUCCGUCGGUGAACAUGGAAGGUCAGCACCUCGAUGAUGGGAUCCGGCUGGGCGGUGCCACAAACGGGCAGAUUCAGCGGCUCGGCAGUGAUGCUCCCCAUCUUCGUCCGAUGUCUCCUCAAGAUCGCCAUGAGGAUUGUAGUGUAUGGCGUGAACAACAUGUAGAAAGGCCUCCUCAGUCUUCGGAGUUCCGAUCUGUAGAGCAGGUGAGGAUCAAGGAAAGGUUCAAGAUUGUAGACAGGAAUUGUGUACAACAACGACUUGUAGGUAGCGGAGUGUCAGGCGGCCACAGUCCGGUGGCAUCCAAGGCGCCACCAAAACCUACACUAGACAUAGCGUCCGGUUGUGGGCGUGGUGAUGCUACCACAUCCGCACAAGCAUUCGCUAUGCUUGAGCAUGAUCGACGGGAAGGACAACGGGCGGCACCACCUGUCUAA